AUGAGUAACAUAUAUAUUACCGAACCGGCAACAAACGGGAAGGUCAUCCUCACCACUACAGUUGGUGAUAUUGAAGUCGAGCUUUGGUCUAAGGAGACACCACUGGCGUGUCGAAAUUUUGUACAACUAUGUAUGGAGGGCUACUACGACGACACAGCCUUCCAUAGGCUUGUAAAAGGCUUUAUCGUUCAGGGUGGUGAUCCCACAGGCACAGGCGAUGGUGGAGAAAGCAUUUACGAUGGUCCUUUUAAGACAGAAAGUCACUCCCGUUUAUCAUUCAAUCGUCGAGGUCUUUUGGGUAUGGCAUGCCCCGAACCAAACUGUAACGGAAGUCAGUUUUUCUUCACACUCGGAGAAGCCCUCGAAUUGAACGGCAAACACACCCUCUUUGGCCGUGUAGUCGGUGUGAUUUGUAAUCGAUUUCAGGUUAUCUUAAAUCCUUACGAUGACAUCGUUCCUCGUCAAAUUAAGCCCAAAAAGUAUGCAGAAGCUGAUGAGAAGAUUCAACCAACUGCAAAGGCUACCAAAAAUUUCUCUUUGUUGUCAUUUGGCAGCGAGGCAGAAGAAGAAGAGGAAAUUUCUUCCAGAGUGGAGGAGAAGUUCCGCUCUCGUGGAAAGAGUGCUCAUGAUCUUGUAAACGAUGAGAGUCUUUCCAAAGAGGCAGUAGUAAUCACCGAGGAGGACGCCGAGAUCACUGCCAAGGUGUCUGCCGUUUUGGAAGCUGAAGCAGAGGCUCGCAGACGGAGGCGUGAUUUGGCUUCUCGUCUCGAAACCGAGGAGGAACUAAGACAAAAGCAGAAACGACUUGAGGAUCUGCGUGCUGAAGCGGACGCGGUACGUCGUGACAUCGCGCGUACUAUGCGGUCGGCAAAAGAGCGCGCUACAGCUGCUGAAGCGGCGCGGCAGGCAGCAGAGAUGCGGGCACAGCGCGAGGCAGAUGAGUUGCGGCGCGCCGAAGCUUGGGAAGCAGAGCAGCGCAAGAACGCUGCCGCAGGCAUCUCUAAACCCUCAGCGCAGCCAAUGGUUGACAACUUUGCUGACGAGGUAGCCAGUUACAGAUCGAGGGCAAAGAAGAACAGAGAGGUUAUCCUUCUUGCACUAUAUUUUGUCCGCAAAGACCGAGAGGAGCAAACCAUGAAUCUUUUAAGUCGUUUCAAAUCGCGACUCCUAAGUGCCUUGGAAAAGUCUGAAAAUGAUGGCUCGUUGGAAGCCACUGCUGUCAAUGACAAUGAGGAAAGGGACGAGAACAAAACACUAUCUGCGGAUCCAACUGCUUGGGUUCGUUGCAAGUUGGUGUCAGAAGAGCCAGCGCCGGCUCGAAGAGUCAUGGACCCGUCUCUGGAUGAUCCGGAUCGUCAUGACCUCUAUGACCCUCGGAAUCCUCUAAAUUUAAGGAAACGCGGUGCCGUUACUGACGAAAGCGGCGGAGAUGACAAAGGUUACUUUCACAAUCGCAACUGUGUUUUUAUUGGCCUGCUUUGGAAUGCUUUUCCCAUUAAUAUUAUGAUGCGCUACGUGGCGGCCACGCUACUUACCUUCCUCAUCUUUACAGCGCUCACGAAUGACUCAAUGGGCGACCAUAUUCAUUACGGCGAAGCUUCUGAAAGCCAUUCACAUGCCCACGGCAACUCUUAUGGGCAGCAUCAGGACCAUCUACGCAACCAUGGCCAUCUUCAUGCGCAUUACGACAUAAAGCCUCGUUCCAGCCAAAUAUGGGUAGACACAAUUGGUGCGGUUGUGGGCAUCAGUGUGGCGCCAUUCAUUCUUCUCUUUCUCGUUCCUGAUCUCAAUAAACGUCGCGAGUUGCUCAAAAUUCUUCUCGGAUUCGCAGCAGGUGGUCUUCUAGGUGAUGCCUUUCUUCAUCUCAUUCCUCAUGCUCUCGCUCACAUGCAUGGUCAAGACCAUCGCGAAAACGGUCACGAUGCUCAUGGGCAUUCACACUCCCUGAAGGAUGGUAACACUUGCGUCUUCCUCUGUGUCAUCGGUGGAAUCUUUGUUUUCUUGUGCAUCGACAAGUGUCUGCGUUUCGUACGGAGUGGUCACAACCAUUCCCAUGGCUCUCUUAUUAAUGAAAAUGGUGAUAAGAAACAAAAAAACGCGAAAGCAGGGGAUAGUAAAGGGAGUGUCUCGAAUUCUAAUGGUCCAAACAAGAGCAAAACUAAGAACAAACUUGGCAUGAACAUAACUGGAUAUCUGAAUCUUGCUGCUGAUUUCACGCAUAAUGUCACUGAUGGCAUCGCGAUUGCUGGGUCCUUCCUGAUAAGCCGCAACGUAGGUUACGUCACCACCCUGACUGUGCUUGUUCACGAACUGCCUCAUGAAAUCGGUGACUACGCAAUUCUUAUUAAGUCUGGCUGCGGAACACAUCGGGCUAUGCUACUACAACUUGUCACAGCUCUGGGUGCAGUCCUUGGCGCUUGUUUGAGUCUCCUCGCUGCUGGCGUUGGGAUGGACAGCAAGGAGUCUGGCGUCAGUUCUGGUCUUUCGCCAGAGCUCAUUACUACCUGUUUGUUACCCUUCACGGCGGGUGGGUUUAUCUACAUUGCAUUGGCCUCAGUAUUGCCUGAUCUGCUCGUUGAUUAUCAGGCGGGUGACCGUCGGUCCGCCAACAAGAUAUCGCGACGAAUAGGGCAGGCAGCAGCGGAACUCACAGCAGUGAUUCUUGGUAUUGCAUUGAUGGCAGUGAUUGGUCUGUUUGAAUGA